AUGUCCGGCGAGAAGCUUAACGUGAUUGCCCUGAUAUCAGGUGGGAAAGACAGUUUCUACAGCCUCCUCCACUGCAUCCACCAUGGUCACCGCAUCGUCGCCUUGGCGAAUCUCUUUCCCAUCAGUGCUGACGGCGGCGGCGACGACUCUACUGCGGUCCGUGUCAUUGAGCCGGGUCGGCAUGAUGUAGACUCGGCAUCGGCAACAACAAUAGAUGGCCAUGACGCUGCCGCGUUGCCUGACUCGGAAAGGGACUUGAACAGUUUCAUGUACCAGACCGUUGGACACGAGAUAAUCCCGCUCUACGCCUCUGCGACAGGUCUCCCGCUCUACCGCCAGCCCAUUGUUGGCAGUGCCCUUCGCCAUGAACGAGACUACGACUACACGUCGGCCCAUGGGCAAGGAUCGGCUGCUGCCGCUGACGAGACCGAGUCCAUGCUACCCCUGCUGCGGGCUGUCCUGGCUCGUCAUCCAGAAGCCGACGCUCUUUGCUCUGGCGCCAUCCUGUCGACAUACCAACGCACGAGAGUCGAGUCAGUGGCACUGCGGCUCGGACUUACGCCGCUAUCGUAUCUGUGGAAGUAUCCGAUCUUGCCAUCCGUGCCGGGGGCUCUAGCCGAUGAGGCCCAGCUGUUGAGCGACAUGGCCGCUGCUGGGGUGGAGGCCAGGAUCAUCAAGGUUGCGAGCGCCGGCCUGGAUGAGCGUCACCUGUGGGAGGCGGUGACGAGCGAAACUGGCGUGCGGAGGGUAAAGUCUUCCUUGAGGAAGUUUGGCGCCGCUGAGGGUGCCUCGCUUGGCGAGGGCGGUGAGUUUGAGACCAUCGUGGUGGACGGGCCAGACAUAUUGUUCAAGAAACGCAUUGCUGUUCCUGAUGGUGGCAGGAAGGUGAUUGCUGAAGGUGGAGGGUCCACUUGGUUGAUGCUUCGCGGAGCAAAGCUUGAAGAUAAAGCUGUGCAUGGGCAGGAAACGCCGUCUUCGGUUCGUGAGCCCGCGCUGCUCGAGGCGAGCUUCCAGUCGGUUGUGGAUGCGUUGGACCUGACUACUCCCGUUCAACACGCCGCUGGCUUCCGCUCCUCGAAGCUCCUUCCUAAGUCUGACGUCCAAUUCAGAGCAGACUCGGACACCUUGCAUUGGCAUGUCGUUGCAGAUGCAUCGGCAACCGGACCAUUUAUUCAGAAUGAGGCCAUCCAUGUGGUUGACAAGAUCAAGUCGCUACUCUCGACAAACGGGCUGGACUCAAGCCAAAUUACAAGCGUACUCAUUCUCCUUCGUAACAUGGCUGAUUUCUCAAUAAUUAACAGCGAGUAUGGAAAGUUAUUCACAAAGCCGAAUCCGCCGUCGAGGAUUACGAUAUCUAGCGGAGACCUUCUGCCGCAGGACAGAAACAUUGUCAUGUACAUCACAGCACCUGUUGCAAACGCCAAGGUCGCAAGAAAUGGGCUUCAUGUUCAGUCUAGGUCCUAUUGGGCACCCGCCAAUAUUGGACCUUACAGUCAAGCCAUUGAGGCUGCUGUCUCCGUGGACGGUGAGCCCACGCGUUUGAGGUCGGUGACUGUUGCUGGACAAAUUCCGCUUAUACCGGCGUCCAUGGCGCUACCUACUGCAUCAAAGACCUUACUACGACAUCAGAUAGUGCUCUCUCUCCAACAUUUGUGGAGGAUUGGGGCUGAAAUGAAGGUUCAGUGCUGGAGUAGCGCCGUGGCCUACUUUGCUCGUCAGCACGGCGAGAAUGUCGCACAGGAGAGUGCCGUGCUUGCUGGACAGGCUUGGAAGCUCGCCCAUGGCUCGCCAGAUUGCAACGACGAUGACGACGAUAAUGGGCCUGAUCCUUGGGAUUUGAAGUAUAAUCAACGAUUCCAGGUGCUGGGGGCCACGGAAACAAAGACGUCUUGUCCAUCUAUUCCGGACUGGUCUGCGUACACGUUGCGGCAACAGAACGAACCUGACUCAAGUGUUCCACCGCUGUUUACAGCUGAGGUUGAGAGCCUGCCGAGAGGAUCCCUUGUUGAAUGGCAUGUUCACAACGGGCUGAAGCAGAUCGAGGCCGGGUCUGUUGAGUUGAUACAUUUGCCGACUGCUGGCACAGUGGGCGGCGAUGGCUGGCAGAGCUGGCAUCUGAUUGUCAAGGCUGGUGAGAACCACAUUGUGUACACCACGAUGGCCUACUCUGGCGCCAGUCAGGAUGGACCAGUCGUCGAGUUUAGAGUGUUGGAACGCGAGCUUGGCGCAAUGUACCGGGCCUCAAUACACACGCUACAGCCCAACGUGAUGAGUCUGGCUGCAAACCCGUUGCCUUACCUUGGCUACGUUGAUUUGCGCAGGACGGAGAGUGUAUGGGGGCAUAAUGGCAGUGAUGAUGUUGAGAUACCUUUUGCCGUAGUGCCCUGUCACUCCCUUUGGGAUUCUGCCGGCCAGCGCCUAACUGCGGUGGCAUUAUACAAGUCAAUUCUGACGGAUGCAUGCGCAUCGUAA